GAUCUUUCAUUACAAGUACGUCUCCAUCAAGUAUGGCAUUCGAACAGAAAGGUCGUCCCGGUGGGGAGUGCGAGUCCCCCAAUCUAGUCGAAGACUCUCUAGACUGGGAUAUUCCCAUAUACCCCGCCGGCGACGAGGCUAGCCUUCAUAUUCGCAAUGACCCCAACGACCCGUACCAGCGCGACCGGAUCAUCCACCGACCAGGAAAGGUGCAUAUCGGGUGCACACACGCAGACGUCGUGCAUGGCUAUCUAACUCCCGAUUGUAAUGACCUAUACACGCUGAUUGUUCUUGAUUUCCGCUUCCAUCCCAACGGGAUCGCUCGACGAAUCAAGGAGGCCUGGGUGAAGAUCAAGUUUGCAGGAAUGGAAAUGGGCCGUCCCGACCCAGAAGUGGUCCAGAUCUGCCCCGAUGGCCUGUUCUGUGUGGAGCCAACAAGGCAGAACGAACAGCUCGUCAAGGGCGCGGGCUUGAAUAUCGGCGGGGGCGUGACUGGCGCGCAGGUUGGGGGCGAUUGCAGGUUGGAAAGGAUCGUGGAGCGGGAGACGGUGCAUCACACGCGGGUUCGGGGAUCCAUUGACCUGACUCGCAACUAUGGGCCGGACGAUGCGGUCUCGUGGACUCUGCUGGAGAACCCCACGACAAAGACUGGGGUUGUGUCGAGCCUUCGAGGCGUCAUCUUGUUGAAGAGAAAGUCGAUGGAGCGUUUCAAGGCAAGGGUGACCUUGAAGGCCAAGGUGGACACUGCCACCACGAUUGGGUCGAUGUUCGAAAAUGAUCCGGAGGAUGAUGAUGUUUGGUAUGAUCCCAAUAAGGCUCCUACCAAUCGGCUUCACAAAUAUGACGUGGACAGCCUGAAAGAGGUGGAUCUCGAAUCGCUCUCCAAGGUGAUCUUCCGACAAGAUUUAGACCCAAACGAGGAUGGAAAAUAGCUUCGGACAUGAGUGAGGCUGGCGGCAAGCGUGCACCAGGGGGGAAAAGUAGAUCACGCAUGUUCCCUAAUUAGGAAAUCGAGGCUGUAUUGUAUGCAACUAUGUGGGCAGAUCACACGGAUUGUGCCCGCUCCACAUAUUAUGCAUGAACAUGUCUACCCAUCACAAACAUGCAACCAGGAUCUCUGGAGUAGCAUUCAGCCUGAAAUCGAAUCGUUGUUUCUUUACCGAUGAGGGUUCUUGUUUCUUACAACCAGAAAAAUCAUUCGCAUAUGAGGUAUCUCUCUUGGAUUGAACUGGACAGACACUUUUAUCGUUAUUGCGGAAUUCUCGCAGUGAAACCCGAGAAUCAUGGGAGGGCUUCAUAUGGUCAAAGAACCAUCCGACCCCGAGAACCGGAUCGAGUACAGUUGCCAUCCAC